CAGAUCAGACGGAUCCACCGAGUCCGGAACUUUGGGAAGGACGGAGGAGGGCGCAAGGAAUUCACCAAGAGCAAGAGAUAAGACAGAUCAACCAGCUGCCUGUGAGUGACAUCGAAGUCCCCCAGGGAAAGAUUUGUCAGGUUGUGAAGACGCUGCUGCUGAAUCCAGGCUUUUAUCACAUGUCCAGUGUCGGGAACUACAUCGGAAAUCGUCAUCCACAUGUUUCCAAACGUCUCCUGGAGCAGACCACAGAUGUACACUCUGUAGAGACAUGUCCUGCUGAACUCUCCCCUCCUCUUUUACCCUCCUUUUUCAUCCUCUCUUCCCUGUCGUUCCUCUUGAGUGUGAGGAUGGAGCCGAUCCACAGAGACAUGGAGCUGUUCAGUAACAGCAUGGCCACAUUCGCUCACAUCAGAGCGAACCCGGAGAGUCUGGCUCUCUUCUUCAUGAUGGGCGUGUGUUUGGGUCUGUUUUCGGCGCUCUGCCUCCUGGUGGCUGGGAUCACGUGUCGCAGGCGUCUCCUCCAUCGCAACAACAACAACAACAACAACAACAAACCUCCCAAACCCUCUUCCUCGUCUUCCUCGUCUUCCUCGCCCCCGGACCUGCAGGCGCACAGGGAGCCCGGGUCGGAGCGUGUGGAGCGGGCGUCCCGGGACGGCGCUCCUCGGCCUCUGGAGGGCUCCGGUCUGGAUGUGUUCUCGUCGGAGGAGGAGCUGGAGAAGGCUCGCAGGCUGGAGGAGAGAGAGAGGAUCCUCAGGGAGAUCUGGAGGAACGGUCAACCCGACGUGCUCGUCACCGGGACCGGGACCAUAGGGAGGGUCCACUACCACUGACCGCAGAGCUGAGGACUAAACCAGGACUAAACUGGGACUAAACCAGGACUAAACCAGGACUAAACAGGACUGAGACCAUAAGAAGAGUCCACUACCACUGACCGCAGAGCUGAGGACUAAACCAGGACUAAAACAGGACUAAAACAGGACUGAGACCACAAGAAGACCACUGACCGCAGAGUUGCAGGACCAGGACUAAACCAGUACUAAACCAGGACUAAACUGGGACUAGGACUAUAGGAAGAGUCCAUUAUCAUUGACCACAGACCUGCAGGGCUGGGACUAAACCAGGACUAAACCGGAACCAGGACUAAACCAGGACAAAACAAGGACUACACUGGGACUGGGACUAUAGGAAGAGCUCAGUAUCAUUGACCACAGAGCUACCGUGUUGGGACUAAACCUAGACUAAAUCAGGACUAAACCAGGUCUAAACCAGGACUGAGAUCAAAGGAAGAGUCCAAUAUCAUUGGAUUACAGGGCUGGGACUAAACCAGGAGUAAACCAGGAUUAAACCAGGACAAAACCAGGAUUUAACAAGGACUAAACCAGGACUAAACCAGGACUAAACUGGAAGAGUCCACUCCCACUGAUCUAGAAACUGGAGCCAAACCAAGUCUACAUCAGGACUUAAAGUGGACACAUGAUGAGACCCCAGAUGAUCAGACUUCCCCCUCCCCGAACACUUCUCUAGCGCCUCUUCUCCAGUGUGGAGGAGCAGUGACUCUACCCCGAGCUCUCUGCGGGACGGCUCCAUCUCCAGAGAAGCUCGUUUAUGUCACAGAUGGUUAAGUCUUCACGGAAACACAAUUUACUUUGUUUUUUGGUUGGUUUCUUUUCUUUUUUUCCCCUGUUGUGUCUCGAGAAUGAGGCUGCCAACUUUCACCAUUGCACCAACAACUCUCACACACCGCACUCUAGACAACGUGGGUGAAGUGUCUUGCCCAAGCACACGACAACUGGUACCUGUAUUCCCAGCGGUUUCAUGUUGUUUUAGAGUUUUGGAGUUCGUCUUUAAUCUUGAAUUACGUGUGAUUCUGACAAACACGCAUUGAAAAAGAUGGUCACCCUUCCACGGACCUGACGUGUAACUUGGCCCUGGCUUGUCUGCAUGAAGAUAAUCACGUUUAAUGCCAUACUGCGGAACAUUCCAAAGGGGAAAAGCAAAGGACUGACUCUACGUUAAAGUCAGAUGCGCAGUUUUAACAGUUGUUUUUUUUUUGUUUAAUGAUCCAAAUGAAAACGAAACCAGCUCCAACCAUUUAGUGUUUUGACUUUUUAUAAAAUUACCAAUAAAAAUAUUUUUGGACAACUCCGUCAGUGUUUAAAUGAAUGUUUGGAUGUCGAAACAGAAUGAAUGUACGUUUGAAAAGUAAAGGGCAGAUUGCAGACCGACAGCGUCUAUUAUUAUGUUGUUGCAGUGUUGUUUUUUUUCUCACCACAGCCAUAACAAUAAAGUCUGACAUGGCAUUUUAAUGGAGCGAGUGCCACAC